AUGUCUGAGAAGGAAACGUCUUCCAAAUCAGGCGCUGAUGAUACAAAUUCAAUGACAGGAUCUCUUGCAGAUUCUGUUCAUUCUUAUGAAGCUUAUGAAGGUGCCGGUCCAGAUAUUGAAGAUCAAGGUAAUGAAUCUCAAUUAUCUCGUCACUUAUCUCAUAUCUUAUCGAAUGAAGAAGGUAUUAAAAGAUUAGAAUCCCUUGGUAGAGUUAUUUCUACUAAGACUAAAAAACAAAUGGAUAAAUUCGAAGUUAAUGAUAUGGAUUUUGAUUUACGUGCUUUAUUAAACUAUUUAAGAUCUCGUCAAUUAGAACAAGGUAUUGAACCAGGUGAUUCAGGUGUUGCUUUCCGUAAUUUGACUACAGUUGGUGUCGACGCUUCUGCCGCUUAUGGUCCAUCUGUCAGUGAAAUGUUAAGAGAUAUUGGUACAGCUCCAGCUAAUAUCUUUAGAAAAAAUGGUAAUGUUCCUUUAAGAAAUAUUAUUCAAAAUUGUAGUGGUGUUGUCGAAUCAGGUGAAAUGUUAUUUGUCGUUGGUAGACCAGGUGCUGGUUGUUCAACUUUCUUAAAAUCUUUAACUGGUGAAACUGAAGCUUUUGUAUCAGUUGAUGGUGAUUUCUCUUAUGAUGGUUUAGAACAAGAAGAAAUGAUGAAAAAAUAUAAAGGUUACGUCAUUUAUUGUCCUGAAUUAGAUUUCCAUUUCCCAAAGAUUACAGUUAAAGAAACUAUCGAUUUUGCUUUAAAAUGUAAAACUCCUCGUGUUAGAAUUGAUAACAUGUCUCGUAAAGAAUAUGUUGAUAAUUUAAGAGAUUUAUGGUGUACCGUUUUCGGUUUAAGACACACUUAUGCUACUAAAGUUGGUAAUGAUUUCGUUAGAGGUGUUUCCGGUGGUGAACGUAAGCGUGUCUCUUUAGUUGAAGCUCAAGCCAUGGGUGCAUCAAUUUAUGCUUGGGAUAAUGCUACUAGAGGUUUGGAUGCUUCUACUGCUUUAGAAUUUGCUCAAGCUAUUAGAACUGCUACUAAUAUGAUGAAUUCUUCUGCUGUUGUUGCAAUUUACCAAGCUGGUGAAAAUAUUUAUGAAUUAUUUGACAAAGCUACCGUUUUAUAUAAUGGUAAACAAAUUUUUUUCGGUCCAGCUGAUCAAGCUGUUGCUUAUUUUGAAAGAAUGGGUUGGAUUAAACCAAAUAGAAUGACUUCUGCUGAAUUUUUAACUUCUGUUACUGUUGAUUUCGAAAAUAGAACUUUGGAUAUUAAACCAGGUUAUGAGGAUAAAGUUCCAAAAUCUGGUUCUGAAUUCGAAGAAUAUUGGUUAAAUUCUGAAGAAUAUCAAACUGUACUAAGAGAAUAUGAUGAUUAUCAUUCUAGACAUCCAGCUGAAGAUACAAGACAAAGAUUUGAAGCUGCUAAGAAACAAAGAUUACAAAAGGGUCAAAGAGCUUCUUCUCAAUAUGUCGUCAACUACUGGCAUCAAGUUUGGUAUUGUAUGAUUCGUGGGUUCCAAAGAGUUAAAGGUGAUUCCACUUAUACUAAAGUUUAUUUAUCUUCUUUCUUAAUUAAAGGUUUGAUUGUUGGUUCUUUAUUCCACAGAAUCGAUGAUAAGUCCCAAUCUACUACAAAGGGUGCUUAUUCUCGUGGUGGUAUGUUAUUUUAUGUCCUAUUGUUUGCCUCUGUUACUUCUCUAGCUGAAAUCGCUAAUUCUUUUGCUACUCGUCCAAUUAUUGUUAAACAUAAAUCUUAUUCCAUGUAUCAUUUAUCUGCUGAAUCGCUACAGGAAAUUUUAACUGAAUUCCCUGUUAAAUUUGUUGCUGUCUUAACUUUAUCUUUGGUUACUUAUUGGAUUCCUUUCAUGAAAUACACCGCUGGUGCUUACUUCCAAUAUUUGUUAUAUUUGAUUACUGUUCAACAAUGUACUUCUUUCAUUUUCAAAUCCGUUGCUACUUUAACUAAGGAUGGUGCCACUGCCCACGCCCUUGGUGGUUUAUGGGUUUUGAUUCUUUGUAUCUAUGCUGGUUUCGUUCUUCCAUUACGUGAAAUGCAUCAUUGGAUUAAAUGGAUUCAUUGGUUAAAUCCUUUAAGUUACGCUUUUGAGAGUUUAGUCUCUACAGAAUUCCACGGUAGACAAAUGAAAUGUAGUGCCCUUGUUCCAUCUGGCCCAGGUUACGAAAAUGUCAGUAUUGCUAAUCAAGUUUGUGAUUCUCCAGGUGCUAUUAAAGGUCAUGCAUUUGUCAGUGGUGACGAUUAUAUCAAGGCUCAAUACCAUUAUGAUUAUUCUCAUGCUUGGAGAAACUGGGGUAUCAAUGUCGUCUGGACUUUCUUCUAUAUCUGUUUCAAUGUUGCUAUGUCUGAAUUUAUUAAACCUUUAGAAGCUGGUGGUGAUCUAUUACUUUACAAGAGAGGUCAUAUGCCAGAACUUGGCACUGAAAAUGCUGAAGCUAAGACUGCUUCUAGAGAAGAAAUGAUGGAAGCUCUAAAUGGUUCUGAUGUUGAUUUGAAGGCGGUUAUUGACAGUAAGGAUGUCUUUACAUGGAACCACUUGGAUUAUGUUAUUCCUUACGAUGGUGCUACUAGAAAAUUAUUAAGUGAUGUCUUUGGUUAUGUUAAACCUGGUAAAAUGACUGCUUUAAUGGGUGAAUCUGGUGCUGGUAAAACUACUUUGUUAAAUGUUUUGGCUCAAAGAAUCAAUAUGGGUGUUAUCACCGGUGAUAUGCUGGUCAAUGGUAAAGAUCUACCUGCUUCUUUCAACAGAUCUUGUGGUUACGUUGCUCAAGCCGAUAACCAUAUGGCUGAAUUAUCCGUUAGAGAAUCUCUAAGAUUUGCUGCUCAAUUAAGACAACCAAAAUCUGUUCCAUUAGAGGAGAAACUAGAAUAUGUUGAAAAGAUUAUUACACUUUUGGGUAUGCAAAACUACGCUGAAGCUUUAGUUGGUAAAACUGGUAGAGGUCUAAAUGUUGAACAAAGAAAGAAAUUGUCUAUUGGUGUGGAAUUGGUUGCUAAACCAUCUCUAUUGUUAUUCCUUGAUGAACCUACUUCUGGUCUGGAUUCUCAAUCUGCUUGGUCUAUUGUCCAAUUUAUGAGAGCUUUAGCCGACUCUGGUCAAUCUAUUUUGUGUACUAUCCAUCAACCUUCUGCUACUUUAUUCGAACAAUUUGAUAGAUUACUAUUAUUAAAGAAAGGUGGUAAAAUGGUUUACUUUGGUGAUAUUGGUGAAAACUCUAACACUUUGUUAAAUUACUUUGAACGUCAAUCUGGUGUCAAGUGUGGUAUCUCUGAGAACCCUGCUGAAUAUAUGUUGAACUGUAUCGGUGCCGGUGCUACUGCUAGUGCUUCAGCUGACUGGCAUGAUCUAUGGUUAGCUUCCCCUGAAUGUGCUGCUGCCAGAGCUGAAGUCGAAGAAUUACACAGAACUUUACCAUCUAGACCUGUUAGUGAUGAUCCUGAAUUGGCUACCAAAUUCGCUGCUUCUAUGUUAACCCAAUAUAGAUGUGUUAUCAAGAGAACAUACUUACAAUUCUGGAGAUCUCCAGUCUAUAUCAGAGCUAAAUUUAUGGAAUGUGCUACUUGUGCUUUGUUUAUCGGUCUUUCAUAUGUUCGUAUUAAUAAUUCUGUCGGUGGUGCUGUUGAAGCUUUCUCUGCUAUUUUCAUGUUACUAUUGUUAUCUUUGGCUAUGAUUAAUCAAUUACACGUUUUUGCUUUUGACUCAAGAGAAUUAUACGAAGUCAGAGAAGCUGCUUCCAAUACUUUCCACUGGAGUGUUCUAUUGUUAUCACAUUGUUUGAUCGAAUUAGGUUGGACUGUCUGCUGUCAAUUUGUCUGUUGGUUCUGUUACUACUGGCCUGCUGGUUUCAAUGGUAGUGCACCUGAAGCUGGUUAUUUCUGGUUCUUAUAUGUUUUGAUCUUCCCAAUGUAUUUCGUUACCUAUGGUCUAUGGAUUCUUUACUUCUCUCCAGAUGUUCCAUCUGCAUCUAUGAUCAACUCUAACAUCUUUGCUGCUAUGUUGCUAUUCUGUGGUAUCUUACAACCAUCUGAAAAGGCUCCACGUUUCUGGAUCUUUAUGUUUAGAAUUUCUCCAUUCACUUACGUCGUUGAAGGUUUAGUUGGCCCAGAAGUUCAUGGUAAGAAGGUCAAAUGUAACCGUGAUGAAUUAAAUAUCAUGGAUCCUCCAUCUGGUCAAACUUGUGGCCAAUACUUAGACACUUUUGUUAAGAGUAAUACAGGUUUCUUAAUUAACCCAGAUGCUACUGCUGACUGUGAAUAUUGUCCAUACACUACUCAAGAUGAUGUCGUUCUUCCAUACCACGUCAAAUACCAUCACAGAUGGAGAAACUUUGGUUUCAUGUGGAUUUACAUUUGUUUCAACAUUUUCUUAAUGCUUUUCUGUUACUACAUUAUGAGAGUUAAGGUAUGGAGUUUGAAAUCUGUAUUAGACUUUAAGAAAUGGUUCAAUGGUCCAAGAAAGGAAAGACAUGAAGAUAAACCAAAUGUUUUCCAAACUACUGAGGCUGAUCAAGCUGCAGUUCAAAAGAAGGAUGCUUAA